AUUAUAGAAAAUCGGUGUACAAAAGCUUCCUCCAACAAUAAAAAAACUCAAGAGUGGAAAGAUAUAACAAAGAGAUUAAAUGAAUUGACGGGAAAGUGUAGGUCAGACGGUGAUGUCAAGUUAGCGUGGAAGAGGAUGAAGCUCACAGCUAAAGCCAACUUGUCCACUCAUUGGCAAGAUUUAGGAAAGACGGGGGGUGGGAAUAAGCCCAAGUCGCCUUCACAGGAAGAUCUAGCCACAAUAAAUAUUGUUCCAGGCGAUUUUAUUGUCGAAUAUAAUAAUUUUGAUAGUGAUGCUAUGAGACCUGUGGCUGAGUUGAAUGUUUUGGGCCACAAAAACAUUGAAAUAGAAGCGGGGCCAAGUACAGCUGUACCACCAUUAGAUCUUAAAGAAAAUAAUGAGGUACAAGCUGAAAAGGGCCAGGGUACUUCAAAUAAUGUAAAUGUGGAAACUACUACAAAAAAAAGAGUUUUAUGUACAAAUAGUGAUCCAAAAAACAAAAAAAAUAAAAUGGCAGAAGAAAUAUUGCGAACCAACAGUGCAUUUAAAGAGAGGCAGUUGGAGAUGUUAGAAUUGGAGCAUCAAUAUAAAAUUGAAACAUAUAAAUUAAAAAUUAAAAAAUUAGAACUUCAAAUUGAGUUACUAGAAAAUAAUAAGAAGUCCAUUAAUUAUCAGUUCUGCUGA